AUGGGUGAGAAGCUGGAACUGAGGCUCAAGUCGCCCGUGGGAGCCGAGCCCGCCGUAUACCCGUGGCCCCUGCCUGUCUAUGACAAACACCAUGAUGCUGCUCAUGAAAUCAUUGAGACCAUUCGAUGGGUCUGUGAAGAAAUACCAGAUCUCAAACUUGCCAUGGAAAAUUAUGUUUUAAUUGACUAUGAUACCAAAAGCUUUGAAAGCAUGCAGAGACUUUGUGACAAGUACAACCGAGCCAUUGAUAGCAUUCAUCAACUGUGGAAAGGAACAACCCAGCCUAUGAAAUUGAACACUCGGCCAUCCAAUGGGCUUCUUCGACAUAUCUUGCAGCAAGUAUAUAACCACUCAGUCACAGAUCCAGAGAAACUCAACAACUAUGAGCCCUUUUCUCCAGAGGUGUAUGGAGAAACUUCAUUCGACUUAGUUGCCCAAAUGAUUGAUGAGAUUAAAAUGACAGAGGAUGAUUUGUUUGUUGAUUUGGGCAGUGGAGUGGGACAAGUGGUUUUGCAAGUGGCCGCAGCUACAAACUGCAAGCAUCACUAUGGUGUGGAGAAAGCAGACAUCCCAGCGAAGUAUGCUGAGACAAUGGACAGAGAGUUCAGAAAAUGGAUGAAGUGGUAUGGGAAGAAACAUGCAGAAUACACACUGGAAAGAGGUGACUUCCUUUCAGAAGAAUGGCGGGAAAGAAUUGCAAACACAAGUGUUAUUUUUGUGAAUAAUUUUGCCUUUGGUCCUGAGGUGGAUCACCAACUGAAGGAGCGAUUUGCUAAUAUGAAGGAAGGUGGCAGAAUCGUUUCCUCCAAACCUUUUGCACCUCUAAACUUUAGAAUAAACAGUAGAAACUUGAGUGAUAUUGGCACUAUAAUGAGAGUUGUGGAACUAUCACCACUGAAAGGGUCAGUUUCAUGGACUGGCAAGCCAGUUUCUUACUACCUGCAUACUAUUGAUCGAACCAUACUUGAAAACUAUUUUUCUAGUCUCAAAAAUCCAAAACUCAGGGAGGAGCAGGAGGCAGCCCGACGCAGGCAACAAAGAGAAAGCAAAAGUAACACAACAACCCCGACAAAGGUCCAAGAAAACAAGGGAGCUGUUGCCUUGGAACCUCGAAUGGAUUCUGGUGCUGAAGAAGAUAAAAAUGGAUCGGCUGCUCUUAAGAAGCCAUCUCCUUCCAAGCCUCGAAAAAAGAAAUUAAAUAAGAAAGGAAGGAAGAUGGCAGGAAGAAAACGUGGACGUCCCAAGAAAAUGAGUGCUGCAAACCCUGAACGGAAACCCAAGAAGACUCCAACUGCCUUGGAUCUUCUGCAUGCUCAGACUGUGUCCCAGGCAGCUGCAUCCUCUCCUCAGGAUGCAUACAAGUCACCUCAUAGUCCAUAUUACCAACUACCUCCUAAAGUACAACGGCAUUCCUCCAAUCAGCUAUUGGCAACACCAACUCCGCCUGCACUCCAGAAGCUUUUAGAAUCUUUUAAGGUUCAGUACCUGCAGUUCCUGGCCUACAUGAAAACCCCUCAGUACAAGGCAAAUCUGCAGCAGUUGGUAGAACAAGAGAAGGAAAAGAACACUCAGUUGUUAGGUACAGCCCAGCAGUUGUUCAGCCACUGUCAGGCCCAGAAAGAAGAGAUCAAGAGAUUGUUUCAGCAGAAGCUUGAUGAGUUGGGAGUAAAAGCUCUGACCUACAAUGAUCUGAUACAAGCUCAGAAAGAGAUCUCUGCCCACAACCAGCAACUAAAAGAACAGACAAAGCAACUAGAAAAUGAUAACAGUGAACUCAGGAACCAAAGCUUGCAGCUGCUUAAGGCUCGGUGUGAAGAGCUAAAGCUGGAUUGGUCUACUCUCUCACUGGAAAACUUGCUGAAGGAGAAGCAGGCACUGAAGAAUCAAAUUUCUGAGAAGCAAAAGCAUUGUCUGGAGCUUCAGAUCAGCAUUGUGGAGCUUGAGAAAAGCCAAAGGCAGCAGGAGCUACUGCAGCUGAAGUCCUACGCACCGGCUGAUGAUGCCCUGUCCGUCCACCUUCGAAGUAAAAGCACUUUCAGCCGAGAGCUGGAGACUGACCCCACAAGGUUCCAGCUAGAGCUUGAAUGCUCCAAGUUGUCUUUGCCCCACAUCAGUAGCAUGAGCCCUGAACUCUCUAUGAAUGGCCAUGCAACCACCUAUGAGAUUCAUAGUAUGCUUAGUCGGCCUUCUUCCAAACAAAACACUCCACAGUACCUGACCUCCCACCUGGACCAAGAAAUAGUUCCUUGUACCCCCAUUCAUAACAACAGGCAGAAGGCAGACAAAUUGUCAAGUUUGUCCUUACCUGACUACACCAGGUUUUCCCCUGCUAAGUUAGCCCUAAGGAGACACUUGAAUCAGGAUCAUGUAGUCCAUGGAAAAGCUACAACUAAUGAAAUACACCACAGAGCUGAACAUGCAAAAGAGAAUGGCCUUACAUAUCAGAGUCCUGGUAUUUCAAAUGGCCUAAAGCUGAGCCCUCAGGAAACUCGGCCUUCCUCCCCCUCGGCCUUACAGAUUGCAGGAGAGAAGAGCAGUGACAAGGUUUUAAAAGAGAGAGCCUAUGCCAGCAAUGGAGAAACAAUCACCAGCCUACCUAUCAGUAUUCCUCUCAGCACAGUGCAGCCCAAUAAACUUCCUGUCAGUAUCCCAUUGGCCAGUGUAGUGUUGCCUAGCCGUGCGGAGAAAGUGAGGAACACACCUAGUCCAGUUCAUCAGAAUCGAGAGUCUACUUCAGCAACACUUGAAAAACAGUUUGGUGCUAAUUCCCAUAAUGGUAUGAACAGUGCUGUAGGAAACAAGUCCCUUGCUUUGGCUACCUCAGGUUUUUCUUAUUCUGGCUCCUUGGCAGUUAAUGGCACCCUUUCCAGUAGUCCAGCCCAUCUUAACCAUGGUGCUGAGCAGGCAGCCCUAGAUGAUUCCUCUAAUUCAGGGAGCCUCUUUAAUUCAGUGGGUUCCCGGAGUUCUACACCACAACAUCCCUCUUUACUCAUGAUGCAGUCCCGCAAUUCUGGCCAGAAUUCUCCAGCCCAUCCACUUGCUGCCAGCCCACGUCUCAAUGGAGCUUCUCAAAGCCUGAUGGGGAUCUUGCAGUUCUCGGAUACUACAAAAUUGUUCUCUGAAGGUAACAAGGGGGAUCUCCCACUAGAUUCAGGCUUUUCAGAUCCUGAAAAUGAAGUCAAGAGAAGAAUCCUCUUUACAAUCUCGACCAAUACAGGGAACAUGAAGCAGUCUCCUUCCAACAAACACAGCCCCCUGACAGCCAGCAUCCGAACAGAUUGUGGACAGGCUUGUGUACAGGAGGGCAAGAAGAGAGGCAGGAGGAAGCGAUCUUCCACAGGGAACCCCGGGGCGAACUGUGCAGUAUCUCCUAAGCGUAAGCCCAUACCAUCUGUGGCAGGCCUCUUCACCCAGUCUUCAGGCUCACCCCUAAACAUCAACUCUAUGGUCAAUAACAUUAAUCAGCCUUUAGAAAUAACAGCCAUUUCCUCCCCUGAAAACUCCCUGAAGAACUCUCCUAUUCCUUACCAGGACAACGACCAGCCUCCUGUGCUGAAAAAGGAGAAGCCCUUGAUCCAGACCAAUGGGGCACAUUACUCACCCUUGACCUCUGAUGAAGAGCCAGGAUCUGAAGAUGAGCACAAUAGCAUCAGGAUUGAAAGGAAAAUCGCAACAAUCUCUUUGGAGAGCAAAUCUCCUCAGAAAACAGAAAACGGUGGUGGCCUUACGGGAAGGAAGCAAACCCAGCUGACUGAGAGCAUCAACAGUAGUAAAUGGAAAUCUACCUUCUCACCAAUAUCAGACAUCAACCUUACCAAAACAUCUGACAGCCCCUUACAGGCAGCUUCGUCCCUGAGCCAGAAUUCCCUCUUUGCCUUCCGUCCGUCCUCAGAGGAUACGAUGGCUAUCGAUGCCAAGAUCUCUGUGCACACAAGGAAAAACUUCCCCAGUUCAUUGUCGGGGACGGAUGGCCUCAGCCCCAACACAAACUCUUCCAAUGGAUUUUCAUAUGCCGGGGGCCUGUCUGCUGCUGACAUGAGUUUACACAGCUUUCACGAUGGUGCUUCUCUUUCUCAUAAGACUACCGAGGUGGCCAGCUUAAGCUCUCCCCUGGGUUUUCAGUCACAGCGGAACAAAGAUAGCUCAGAUGCCAACCCUUUUCUGAACAAGAGACAGCUGGAUGGUCUGGGAAGUAUGAAAGGGGAAGAAUUACAGAGAUCUGGGGGCAGAAGCAAAGAGGUGCUCGACCUUGGCCUGCAGCUGGGGGGUCCUUCUGACAAGGUCUCCCUGCAGCACAAUGGCAAGGCUGGCAAAGGACGGGACCGGGAUUUGGAGUUUAAAAACGGCCACAAUCUUUUCAUUUCUGCCGCUGCUGUAUCUUCUGGGGGCCUCCUUAAUGGCAAAGGCCUUUCCACCGCAGCCUCCACCUCUGGCCAUCCCACUUCUUCCGUUUCAACACACCACCCUUUCUUGAACACUUUUACCACUGGAUCCCAGUUCCCCCUGGGCCCUAUGUCUCUACAGGCCAACCUCAGCUCGGUGGCAGGCUCCUCAGUAUUGCAGUCUUUAUUUAAUUCCAUGCCCGCUGCUGCCAGUUUGGUCCACGUGUCAUCAGCUGCGACCAGAUUGACAAAUUCUCACACUAUGGGAAACUUCUCUUCUGGGGUUACAGGUGGAACAGUCGGAGGUGUUUUUAACCAUGCGGUGCCUUCUGCCUCUUCUCAUCAGUUUGGAGCCAGUUUCAGCAGCAGUGCUGUCUGUAGCAGCACCAUGCUGAGCUUAAACCCAAUGCAGGCUGUGGUCACCCCCACUUCCUCUUCCUUCCAGGCCCCUUCCUCUAGCAUAGGAACAUGUAGCGAGGCUCGAGCCCCCCAGCCCCUGAACCGAGCGCCCGUGCAGCCUGUUCUGCACCCUCCUCCUCCUGCUCCUCCUCUUGCUAACGUCUCAUUACCUCCCCCCCCUCCGUUACUCGCUGCUUCUAACCCGGAGCCGGGGCUUCUGCAGACCUUAGCAUCCAUUCCCUCUAACAAAGCUUUUGUCUCGCCUUCUUCGGCUGCUUCUCUCCAGGCUAACGCUUCUCUGUCUAUCAAGCUCGCUUCCCUCCCCCACAAAGCUUCCCGCCCUUCCUUCACAGUCCACCACCAGCCUCUGCCCCGUUUGGCCCUGGCCCAGGCUGCACCCGUGGUCCCGCAGUCCAACGCCGCUGGCCCACCCGCUAUGUGGGUUACCCUUGGCAUGCAGUCUCCUUACGCUUCGCACCUUUCUGGGGUUAAGCCGCGAUAA